AUGGCUGGCUGCAUAUCGCUGCUCGAGAGUUGGUUUGCCAUAUCCGUCUCGUCCAUCGGGCUCUUCAGAGGGGCGAGUUCCGACGGGACCCAGGACCUUCGACCUCGUUCUAUCGUCUUCGAGGUCACGCUGAGGAUUGUCUUCGGGGUCCUGGUCGUCGCCACCUUUGCCGAGCUCAGGUCGAGGUAUCCGAGGAGCAUCGCGGUCUUUCAGCUCUCCUCCAGCGCAGCUUUAAGUCUGUUCACCAGCUUCAUCAUGAUGACAGGAGAUGUCAUGAACUACAUGCUGCUGUCGUUGUCAACCAGGAUCCUGGCAUGA